AUGCAGCACACCACGUGCACAGAGGACAGGAUCUACCACGCACUGGAGAGAUGUCUACAUGGACUUAGCAGAGAUGCUGUCUCCAGCAGAUGGGCUGCUGGGCUGUGCCUCAACUGCUGGAGCCUGCAGGAGCUGGUGAGCAGAGACGCCGGCAAUUACCUCAUCCUCGUGGAGAAGAUCCUCGGCAAGGCCAAAGAGGUGCAGGAGAAGUGUGACUACGAUCUCGUGCCGCCCCUGGCUCUGCUCUUCUACUAUGCGGUCCUGUAUGCUCCCCACUUCCCACCAGGCUCCGACCUGCUCCUGAAGGCCGCCAGUGUGUACCACAGCUUCCUCACCUGGCCCGUGCCCUACUGUGACAUCUUCCGCGAGCUGCUCACCUUCAUCAGUGAUGAGCUCAAGGCUCCCGGGAUCUCCUUCCAGAGGCUGGUGAGGACAGAGCAGGGGCUGCCUGUGAAGAACUACCAGAGCUCCACCGUGACGGUGCUGCUGCUCAACCGCUCUGAGGUGCAGAGCGAGUUCCUCUCCAUCGCCGAGAAGCUGAGCGCCAGCGAGCACCCGCAGCGCGCCACGCUCGUCCUGCUCCUCGAGCACCUCUACCAGGCCAACUUUGGCACCCGCUGUGACCUGGGCAGCCUGCACCACCUCCUGAAGUCCAAGACGCUGGAAGAACUCUCGGAGAUCUACGCCAGCGCCGCUGACGCGCAGGAGAUUGCAGCCUCCAGCAGCGACCCUGUCCUGGCCCGGGAGCGGCUCCAGUCUGUGCUGCGGGACAUCGCCGGGGCCGCGUCCUUUCCUGCCAUCGCGGGUGAGGCUCAACCCCGCAAGCUCCACACCAUCCCCAUCCCCGCCGCUCGCUGCUACACUUACAGCUGGGACCAGGAUAACUUUGAUAUCCUCAAUGAUGUCCUCAGCAAAGAGUGCAGUGUUGUCGAGCCCAUGGCCUCGGAGAACGAGGAGGAGGACGAAGAGGAGGAGGAAGAGGAGGUGGAAACCGAUGGCUGUUCUCCUGAGCGGGACUCGCUGCUUUCCCCCAUCUGCGCCAUUUCCAAAGACUCUGUGUACUCGGCGCUGUCGGAGGAGGGUUCUAAGCCCUCACGAGUGUCCCUCUUCGCCACCUCCAAGGACUCCAUCUCAGAGCUGACGGUGGUCUCCAGAAAGUCCCUGAAGUCGUUUGUCUCCAGCCUGAAGGACUGCAUGGACAGCGGGUAUGCGGAGGACAGCGACGAGAGCUCCCUGGACAUGGUGGGGAGGCCGGAGCUGAAGGUGGAGAAGACCCAUCACAAAUACAGACACACGCUGACCAACAAGAUCUACAAACUGUUCAAAAGCAAAAGCCAGCUGGUCUUGAGGAGGGACCUGAAGGACUGCCCGGACACGGGCUCACUCCCACUGCCCCUGCGCCGAGCCGAGAGCUUGUACACCCCCCAGGCCAAGCACCGCAUCCCAGCGCGCUCUCGGCGUGCUCACUCGCUGCCACAACACGUCCUGAGCCAGCGGCUGCCGGCCCCGCUCGCCCCGCGGCACCUCAGCCUCCACCGACGGCCCUUCCUCAGCUACGACGAGGACGCCAAGGUGUCCACGCUGCGCAUCGUGGUCUUCGGCUCUGACCGCAUCUCAGGGAAAGUCGCCCGAGCCUACAGCAACCUCAGGCUCAAGGAGAGCACCUGCCCCUCACUGACAAGGUACUUCAAGCUGCAGUUUUUCUACGUCCCUGUGAAGAGGAGCUGCGUGGCUCCAUCAACCCCACUGAUGCAUCCCUCCCCGUCCCUGGGGGACCCACAGCUCCGAGCCUCGGCACAGGCGGAUCCCACCUUGGCUGGGAUGGAGAGCAGCACCAAUGACAUCUCCCACUACAUUGGCAUGCUGGACCCAUGGUACGAGCGCAACGUUCUUGGGCUGAUGAACCUGCCCAUGGAUGUCCUGUGUCAGUCUGCCAAGCCGGAGGCUGAAGCCCAGGAGGACUCCCAGGAGCAGCUGCCCAUCCUGGCUGACAUGAUCCUCUACUACUGCCGCUUCGCCACGCGCCCCGUCCUGCUGCAGCUCUACCAGACAGAGCUCACCUUCAUCGGGGGAGAAAAGAUGACCGAAGUCUUCAUCCACUCUCUGGAGCUGGGCCACUCGGCGGCCACGCGGGCCAUCAAAGCGUCAGGUCCAGGCAGCAAACGGCUGGGCAUAGACGGAGACAGAGAAGCAAUCCCACUAACACUACAGAUCGCCUACAGCAAGACAGCCGCCAGUGGAAGAAGUCACUGGAACGAUGUUGAGAAGGUCUGCACAUCCAUCAACCUUAGCAAAGCCUGCAAGAAGUAUGAAGAACUAGCCUCAAAGACAGAGUGCCUCAACUUGACCGUGACGGAGGUGGUCAAAAGGCAAAAUUCCAAAUCCAAAAAAAGUUUCAAUCAGAUCAGCGUGUCCCAGAUAAAAGUAGACAAGGUCCAGAUUAUCGGUCUCCAGUCCUCCUUCGCCGUGUGCCUGGACCAGGAUGAGCAGAAGAUCUUGCAGAGUGUAACCAGAUGUGAGAUCUCUGUGUGCUACAAACCCAGGGACAGCGAUCCCUUUGCACUGAGAAGGUCCACUUUGCCUCCCCAGGACCCCUCUGAGUUUCAUUCUCUCCUGUGUUUACCCAUUGCCACCUUCAGUGGAGCACUGCCAUAG